GUACGACGCAUGCGCCUCGCUCCACCGUGGCCAUUCUCUCAAUUGGCUGUCGCGGACUCUCAACGCGCAUGUGCGAAAACGAGGAGUGACGACAGUGUCCGCUUCUCGUUCGCUCACUGGGCCACAUCUGAACAAAGGCCUGCCCCUUUUCAUGAGGAUUUCUCUACCGCCAUCGUUACUUUACGUGUAAUCACGAUUACUAAAUUGGAUUACGAUACUUUUAUUAUAUUUCCAGAUGUCGACAACGGCGGAGAUAAUGUCCGAAAUGCAUGUUGAUCACCAAGAAGGCAGCGGCGAAAUCAAAUCGGCCAUGCAUACUUGGCGUUAUCGCCACCAUUUCACGUACAAGGCAGAUCAAGGGAAAAAUAUCAUCGUCCAGUGUAAUCUGUGUCUGCCGAGGGUUAACCUGCUCUCCACGUCGAAAACCUCCACGUCAAACCUGAAGAAGCAUUUAGACAGAACCCACUUGGGCUGUGAAGCCAGGCCCGAUGUCAAGAGGGGGAGGAAGAAAGAAGAGCUCAACGGCGAGGAGAGCCGGCACUGCCAACUCAAAAGGCUGAAAGCGGAAAUCAUCUCCAAGUGCAUGACCCAAGCGAAGAUCGACGAGCUGAUUUUCAACUUCAUCGUGGAGGACUGCCAGUCGUUUUAUGUGCUCGAGCAGCCUGGCUUCAGGAAGCUGGUUUCGGGCUUAACUGGGGGGCUGAAGUCCAUGGACAGGGUGACCUUGUUUACAAAGGUGGACCAGGGUUUCUCCAGGAUGCGGGAGGAGCUGAUGGCCAAACUCAGCAGCAUCCUGUACGUGUGCACCACAGCCGACAUCUGGACGGCCAACAACAGAAGCUUCUUUGGGAUGACCUGCCAAUGGAUCGACAGGCAUUCUCUGGAGAGGAAGUCCGCCGCCCUGGGGUUCGCCCGGCUGCAGGGCCGAAUCACGCACGACACCAUCGCCGGGCGGAUACACGACAUCCACGUGGCGUACAACAUCGAGAGCAAAGUUCAGACCACGGUCACGGACAACGGCAGCCCCUUCGUCAGCGUGUUCAAGGAGUUCGCCUUGGACAGCCCGGAGAGCGACGACGACAUCGGCUUCUACGAGAACGUGAGCGCCGUGCUGGAGGGCGAGCCGGAGCAGGACAUGCUUCUGUUCCUGCCCACCGUGCAGCGCUGCGCGUCGCACACCUUGGAGCUCAUCGUCACGGAGGACUUCUGGCAGGCCGUGUCACAGGGGCCCAUGUGCCAGCUGCAUUACAGCACAAUGGCCAAGGUGUACUCCCUAUGGAGCAAAUGCCACCACCUCCAGGUGGGCAUGGACGCAGCGGAGGCGAUCGGAAAGAUGGCCCUGGUCGUGCCCGCCGUCAUACGCUGGAACGUGGAGUACUGCGCCGUGCAGAAGAUCGUCUCACUCACCGAGCAGGAGCUGACGGAGCUGGGUGCCCGCCUGGAGGUCCCGCGCCUGCAGCCGGAGGAGAUGGCCUUCCUCAAAGAAUACGUGACCGUGUUCCACCCGCUCGCUUUUGCACUUGAACUUUUCCAAGCGGAGCAGAAGUGCUACCUGGGCCUGGUCAUCCCGACCGUGCUCAGUCUGAAGAACAAGCUGAGCGAGCAGAAGGAUUCGGCGAACUAUUUCGGCGACGUCAUCGGUGCCAUCGUGGUGGCCAUCGACGCGCGGUUCCUGGAGCUGUUCGCCAGCACGGAGGCGAAAAUUGCGACGGCGACGACGCCGCAGUUUCGCCUGUGGUGGAUGGCCGCCUCCGACCGGGAGGAGAUGUGCUCCCUGCUGGCCACAGAGGCCUCCCAGAUAGAUCCCGGCAUCAUGAUCGAGGCCAACACCACCCGGAGCGUGUCGACCAUCGAGUCGGAAGACGACUUCUUCAGCUACGGGUCUGUGAAGCCCGCCAUUCAGAUCCAGCAACGGGGCGUGAUGGAGGAGAUCCGCAAGUACGUCGAAGGAACGGGGAAGAGCCUCGAGUGCCUUCAGGACUUCCCCAGGAUGAAGCAGCUCUUCCUCAAAUACAACACCACGCUGCCGUCCACGGCCCCCAUCCAGCGCCUCUUCAGUCAGAAAGGCAACCUGGUCACCUCGCAGAGGAACUUCCUGACCGACGACUACUUUGAACGCAUUCAGCUUUUGAGAUACAACAGUCACGUGUGCGCGUUGCUCACAGAGUGAACACAUUAGACGGUGUGCGUCUCCUCUCGGCCUUUUAAUUGAUGCAGAAUCAAAACCAUAUUGUGCUUAAAAAAAAAACCUGAGCAAUAUUUUAUUUCAGACAAUUUAGCCCGUGUGUGUUAAUAUUCUUCCCGUAUCUUGUUUGAUAGGCACAGCAUAUAUCUCCCGACUCCUGAAUGGCUUAAUGAAAAUACCUUAAUUGACAAUCAUGGACAAUGACAUUCGAGGACCGCUUAUACUAACAAAAGCAUCUUUCUAUCUGUGCUAUUGUUGUGAUUUGAAGUAGCCACAGGGUUAAACUGAAGUGAUUUUUGUCUUUCAGUUCAAUUAGUUUUUUCUACAGGUGCUCAAUGAGAAUGCAUCUCCUGUCUGUAUGUUUUAUAUCAUAUAUAAAGAGACAAGGAAAGAGACUUAUUUUUUUCUGUCUGCAUCUUGCUUCUUUGCAGUUUAACUAAAGUAAUUGGAUUAGAGAAGUGCAUCAACUGAUACGGAUCACCGUUUUUUAAAAGAAGUCCGUUUGUGUCACACGUCAAAAACGUGUAUUCAGCGCCACGCGUCCACAUGUCAGUUAAAAGCGUUGGUCUUGUCAGACAGCUGCCUGGAGACCAGCAGGAGGCUGUGAGAGCACACAAACACGCUCAAACACAGACUCUGCGAGGGCCCGAGCUGACAUGACAACUUCUGAAAGAUGUCAAACCCAGAGAGCGUGAAACGCCCUGGGAUUUGCUUUUUCUUCUUUUCGACACCAUUGCAUGUGUGCAUCUUUAUGUAUGUAUUCUAGUCUUUCUUUGACUUUGCCUGCCAGAGAGAGAUUUAGGUUUAAAACUCUCCUGCUGUGGAACUGCCCUCACUGCUCUAAAGUCUGCUCUGCUUGAGAGACAGAGUGUUGGGAUUCUAUUCAACAACACACCAGCUGAUAAGGGAAACGGCAGCUUCAUAACCCAUAAUUCCCUUACUUUGUAUUUGCUUUAGUAUCCUCCUCACUGUGUUAAUGUGUUCGUUUGUUGCAGUCGUCCAAUGACAACACUGGAGCACUCGGUAGGGAGGACACAGAUUGCCACCAGAUAUUUUACACUGUCCAGAGACAUGGAAGCCAGGUAAAGAUAUUUCUAAAAUGUGAUUUUUCCCUACCUUCCACUUCUUGUACGGUGGGACAAGGUACAGCCCUGACUCUGGAUCAGCAGGUGAGGGAAGUUUCUGAAUGACUACAUUAUCUUCAAACUAUAUCUGACAAUCCUGCCACCUGUAGGACACAGAGGUGCACUUCAGUAAAAGACACGUUAGUUGUUGUUUUUUUUAAAGGAAAUUUGCUAUUAAAUUGAUCGAACAUUCAAAUAAAACAAACCCCAGGUCGCAGCUCAAAGUUUGAUCCAAAGUGGAAGUUUUAAUGGUUUAAAAUAAAACAACGGUGCAAAGUAUUACCCAUGAGAACACCUAGUAAUACCCGUCAGCACACAUUUAGAACAGGGUCAUGUUAGGCACAAAGUGGGUGGAAAGUGUACAGAGUGUGUUACUUCUGUCAGUACCUUUGAUUUAAUCCGUCACCAAGCCCUCGUCUUUACUGUCCUCCCAUGCUUCCUCCCUAAGAAUCCCUUUGUUAUACAAAAGCAACAUGGCAGAGACAAAUAUGUUCCCUUCAUACUCAACCAUAAUGCUUCUACAGAGUCUUUGUCAGUUCUGUGAUAUAUUACAGUAAGGAGGGAAUCAUUAGAGGGGUUCCAGACACGGCUGGGAUAUUUUAAUAAUCGAAUGCCCUUCUCUCACUUUGCUCGGGUAAGACACCCUUUCUGGUUUCUGGUCCCGUGACGGCCCCCGGUCACUUCAGAAAUAGCCUGGCAGGGCUGAAGUGGCCCAGGUUCUCACAGGACUUGAUCCAGCGCUGGACGUUAGCGGGAGUAGAGGAGGCGGGGCCGCUUUGCAGCACGCAGCAAUAGCAGGCGAUGUCGGCCAGGGAGAACUCCGGCCCGGCCAGCCAGGGGCCGCGGCCCAGAGCGGAGUUGAGGGACCGCAGGACUGCGGCCCGCUCCUUGGCGCUGCCCUCCGCCAGCUGGAAGAAAGCCGUGUCCACCCAGCUGUCCACCAGCGUGGCCACGGCCGGGUCACUGGGGUAGGGAGACAGCAGCUUGAAGAGGAAGCGCGCCACGUUGGCCUCGCCCUCGACGGGACACAUGUUCUGGACGCUGAACUUCAUCUGCAGUUUGGGGACUGUGAUGUGUGCAAAAGGAUAAACAUGUUUCCAGGUAAACAAGGGCACAAGCAUUUACCCUAUCCAUGUCAAUAUGUUAUUGAUAACAUGAACGCAACACUUAGAAAUAGCAUUUCUAAAACACAAUGACUAUUUGUUUUAUAAUCUAACCGUCUACACACCGUAACAAAACAUUUCAUCUAAAUUAUCCAGCAUUGUCGUGGAGCUCCUUGCUAGUUGUUUACCAGGGCCACAUAGCACCAGCGUAUCAACCUGGUUCAGGUAUAGUAUGGACAUACUGUCUGUUUUCAUUCACUACAAGAUUUGUGAAUUACCAUCUUUCCAUAUGAGGGUGAAGCCCAGCUGGAACAUCUGGCGGGCAUAGCUGUCUGCGUGGCGUGGGCCGAGGCAGGACAGGAGCUGUGGCGGCACGCUGGCGGCUGAGGAGUGGACGUGGACGGUGGAGAGCACUCGAUAGCGCUGACACAGCACACUGUGGAGCACCAGCAGGGUCAGAGGGGGCUGCGCCGGGUUGGCGUUUAUGACGAUAUCUCGGAGAGCACCGAGAUCCUUGUGACAUAAACAAGAUAACAAGGUAAAUAGUCGAAUCAUCCGGAAAUAACUGACGUAAUACAAUAUGUGUCUACUCUAACUAGGACAAUCCAGCAUGCACAAACUGCAAUCACACCAUGAAAUGUGCUUCAAGACAAAUUCCAAAACAAACAGGUUCUGCAGGUUAGCAAGGUAUUAAUCACUUCUAAUGACAGGUAUGAUGGGCGUGACAACAUCUAUAGACUGCUGCCCCAGAGAAGAUAAAGUCAAAGUAUGUCAGUUGCAAGAAACAGGUUCUGCCAGUACAUUUUUCAUGCAGAAUAUCACUUUAGUAUAAUAGAGACUCUCACCUUGCCCAACAGUGUGUCCAGGUCUGUGACGCCUUUGAAGGUUGUGGAGGCGGGGCUUUGGGAUGAGAGGCUGCUGCUGACUGUCAGGUCCAGAUCGGCAUCCGGGGUGGACACCGUCUUGGCCAGGCCCUCCACCGCUGCCUUCAGCUCGUACAGUUUCCUCAUGAUCUCAUCCUGUCGGGCCUCCAGAGCUUUGACUGCAGGGUCCACUUCGCCAUUCUGGGGACACAGAAAGAGUCGCUCGUUUAGGCUGAAACCGCAAAUGGGUGAAAGCAUUCACUGUUUUUUAGAAUUUGAGCACAAUCCUGCAGCAGUUUUACAACCUGGGUGUUAGCUGGUGUCCCAACGUUUAACGGACUUUGCACAGAUAACAGAUUCAGUAUUGAGAACAUAUUUAACAUAUCUCAGGUCAAUGGUUAUUGGGUUAUAAAGGCUACUGGUAAUUUGUGCCACAAUGUCUACUCCAGAUUAAAGUCAACAGUGAACAACACACUGCAGGGUUAGAGGAAGUACUCAGACACACAAGUAAAAGUAUCAUAACCACACUGCAAAAAUACUCCAUUACAAGUAAACGUCCUGCAUUAAAAAUAUUACUUGUCGAUAACUAUGUAAUAUUAGCUAAAUGUACGUUAAGUAUCAAAAGUAAAUGUACUCAUGCACUUUUAUAUGCAGUAUUAAUAUUGCUGAUGUCAUGUGUAAGUAGCAUUUUACUGUGGUAGUUUUAUAUAACGUUACCAUCGGUUAUGUAGUUUAAUCUAUAAAAAUAAAUCAUAUUUGAUGUCUAUUACAAUGCAUGUAUAUUUUAAUGUGUAAAGUAACUAGUCAUAGCUGUCAUAUUAAUGCAGUAGAGUAACAAGUAAUAAAAACAUAGCUUUAAAUUGAAGUGCAGCGCGAGUAUAAUAAAAUGGCAUGAAAUACUCAAAUAGACUAACGGUAGAAAACUGUAUUUAAGUAAUGUUACAGUAACCUGUUAAGGACCAUGAGAAGACAUGCCAUCGUGAUGUGCACUAAGGAUUAGUAACAACGACAGUGUAAACAUAUGGACCAAUAUAAAAAUGGACUAAUAUACUCCAUUAUAAAAACAUUAAUACAACAUAUUCAUCUUUAAACGUCGGAACAGUGGAGACGUGCAGUAACGUUAGUUGUUGCAUCAGCCACAACUGAGCUCAUUUUCCUGACAAGCUAACUUGGCUAGCUAGCGAGCUUGGCUAACGUAAGCUAGUGCUAACACACCGCGCGAGAUGCACAGUUAUCAAAACGAGUUCUGGGCAACAACGAGGGCAAAAUACAACCGACAGAAAAAAAAUAAUCAACCGUGUCGAAAUUAAAUCAGUUAAGAGUUACCUGAAGCGCGUGCUCAGACGUGCUGCUGUUUCCUUGCUGCGCGUGGACAUUUGGUAAGUUGUACAUGCAGGUUGGUAAAUCUGUCGUUACGUGGCUCCCACAGACGGGCUUUACCUGGUACAUGGACAUGGCGGAGGACAGCUAGUGCUCUGUCAGAGACAAACAGUUUACUACAAAAUCCCGAACACAAGACGUCUUCUUCUGGGGCUGUGAUGUUGACAGGCAGCAGCAGCGGCCACCGACGCUCACGUUCACACGGGAAGGAAGCCACGGUGACCUCACAUCCGGUGAAAGUAAAAUUAGUUAUAUGAAUUCGUUUGGGAUUACACAGUAAAUUACCUUUUCAUACACUGUUUUAAUAUUCACACAGUUGUGUUAAAACCAUCCAG